UGCUUGCAUUGAUUUUUAUUGCGCAUAAAUAUGUAAAGUGGAACGUCCUGUAGCUCAAUAAACAAAGAUUAUUCCAUGUUGAAACAACUGAAUCUUUCAGUAUGUAAUUGAUGUCUCUAGGAAUUAGAUUGUCUCACUUUCAAUGGUUAGGUUUAAAAAAUCGUAGCUGAUAUAUUACAAGUGAUAGUUGCCAUUAUCAAAAUGUGAAGAUUAGUGGAUAUGAAUUAUCAAAUUAUGUAUUUACCGCAUGUAGGACUUGUCGCUUAUCAUUGAUAGUUGAUUUAGCACCUGAGGCAGGCGUAUUGUCUGCCUUCUGUGUCUUUUAAAGUGAACACUUAUUAGUGAGAGUGUCGUGUCAUACAUAAUAAUUUUAAUAAGUUAUGACGGAAAACGAUUCUUCGCGCGAGGAAGGGGUGCGACUGACUGACGGCCAGUCGGAGGUUGAAGAGCAGGGUCUACCACCACCGCCAGAUGGCGGGUACGGCUGGGUGAUAGUGUUUGCGUCGUUCAUGUGCAACCUGGUCGUGGACGGGAUCGGGUACUCCUUCGGGAUAUUCCUGCCAGAGCUGGUCAAGUUCUUCGGCCUGGGUAAAGGCACCGUCGCCUGGGUUGGCAGUCUGUUGGCUGGCAUGCUGCUUGUUGCUGGUCCGAUAGUGUCGGCGCUAUGCAACAAGUUCGGGUGUCGCGCGGUGUGCAUCGCCGGCGCAGUGUUCGCUGCGGCCGCCUUCGCACUCUCCAGCUUCAGCCAGAGUGUCACCGUCAUGAUGCUCACCUAUGGAUUGCUCGGAGGAUUCGGUUUCGGUAUGAUCUACCUGCCAUCUAUCGUGGCUGUGGGGUACUACUUCGACACCCGGCGGUCGUUGGCUACCGGCAUUGCCGUUUGCGGAUCCGGUGUCGGCACUUUCAGCUUUGCACCUUUGGCAGCCUUCCUCCUGAGCACAUUCGGAACUUGGCAAAGAGCUAACCUCGUGCUAGCUGGCAUCAUUCUUUGCUGCAGCAUUUGGGGAGCUUUGAUGAAGCCGCUUACAUUCCCCGAUUCAAAGGACAAGCCGUUGCUGCAACGUAUGGCAGAAGAAAAGAAGUUGCAGAUGGCACUUGGUUCUGUGGACGGGACUUUGGAUAAGAAAUCUCAGGGUGAGAACGGCUCAGCCCCCGCUCCUCAUCUAUCUCGCAAUGUAUCGUCGCCCGUGUUCAACUCAACCUCACCGGGGUUACCCCAACGAGGUUCCGUUCCUUCCUUCCAAUAUCACAGGAAGCAGAGCUUCGGAGACAGUUUACAGCCUCCAGAUUUGAUCCUGCACGGGUCCGCGCCGUCGCUAUACAAGUAUCGGAGACAAAGCUUUGAAUAUGGCGCAGUGUACAACUCCAAGCUUUCAGUAGCUAAAGAGCCUCCAAGGAUGGUGCGUCCUUUGUCUCGCAAAGAUAUCUUCUACUCCGGGUCUGUUCUCAACCUGCCACAGUUCCAGAGCCAGAAGUCAUUGGCGGCCUUCCGCCAGUCUAUGGCCAGCUUACCUCAAAGUCGUGUUGGUGAUGUGGAAACACAAGAUCAGGGAAAAUGCUGCGGUUGUUUGCCGAAUUCCUUCAGAACUGCCCUGUCAUCCAUGAUGGACAUGAGUCUACUCCGAGACCCCGCGUUCAUGCUGAUCGCAGUAUCCAACUUCUUUGGGAUGGCGGGACUUUACGUACCCUUUGUGUACAUUGUCGACGCCGCCAGGCUUAAUGGUGUAGACGGAUCGCAAGCGUCGUUCCUACUGUCCAUAAUCGGUAUCACGAACACGAUUGGUCGUAUCGUCUGCGGCUACGUCGCAGACUUCCCCUGGAUGGACUCACUGAUGCUUAACAACGUCUGUCUAGUCAUUGCUACGAUAUCCGUCGGAUUGACGCCGUUUUGUGCAUCUUACGCUACUUACGUAGCAGUCGCCAUAGCUUUUGGUAUAGCUAUUGCGGGCUACAUUUCCCUGACAUCAAUCAUCCUGGUAGACCUUCUGGGACUGGACAAAUUGACCAACGCGUUCGGUCUACUCAUUCUAUUCCGCGGAGUGGCCGCUAUAAUUGGAUCCCCGCUCGCUGGUGCUGUGUAUGACGCCACUAAGACAUACGACGCUUCCUUUUACAUUGGAGCUGUAUUCUUCCUCUUGGCCAGUGUACUAUCAUUCGCAGCGAAAUUCUUCCGCAAGCAACCAGAAGCAGUUCCACAACCAUUGGACGCUCUCGCCCCCAUAAACGAGGACUUGGAAGAAAGUAACGAGGAAGAAGACGAAGCACCCAACCAGAUCAACAACGGACCCUCAGGGUACAGCGAGGUGUCUCAGAAAGAAAGCGUGAUGUAAUACUAUAGACUUUGACGGCAGAAGGGCCCACUUGUGUAUAAUUCUUAUAAGCUGGAUUUGAUUAGUGCCUGUGACCUCAUCAACCCUGGUGUCUUAACUAUUGAACCGCCAAAGCCCCUUGACAUGGCUCAUGUAACGACUAACUUCUUACUUAAGUAAAUCGUGAUAAAAACAGUGAUAAACCGAAUCACGGAUCUUACUUUCGAACGAAUGAUCACCCUGUAAUGUCCUAAGCAAACUAGGGAUUAACAAAGUGAUUUUUGUGAUAUAUCUCUACCGGGGUACGAACCCGGAACCUCCGGAUCGUGAGCCUAGCGCUCAACCAUAGACCAUAGAGAUCUGGACCAUAGAGGCCGGUGGGGCGCAGUUUAAGAGUUUCACAUAUUUUUUGGACGUGACUUAUUGAGAUUUGCCUCUGAGGGCGUUAAGUGUAUGUCCGGACAAGCAAGGAGCAAGAAAGAACGCAAAUGGUCCCUUUGUAUACAGAAGCUAUAAAACCAAAAAUGUUUUUUUUUUUUAAGUGUGCAAGUAAAACGUUUUUAGUAGUAAGAGUGUGAAUGUAUAAAUACUGGAUUUUGUUGGUGAGAGAGACUUCUAUGAAAGUAGAUAAAUACCUAUAUAAUAAAUAAUAAAUAAAAACAUGUUUACAGGUAUAAAUGAGAAGGAAUGUUAUAUAGGAUACGCAGAUAGGCUAUUUAAAUUAAUAUGUGUUCGUGACUAUGCUUCCAAUUAUGGUAGACAGAGGUACUUUCAUUAGAUAAUGAACUAAGUACUUACGGUACAGCUUUCUGAACUUUCUGUUACGUGUCAGUUAAUGAGCCGUAAUGCCGUCCAUGUAAUACCGAAUGUACGCUAUUUACUAUAAUUAUAGUGUCAUGAAUUUGAGGUAUUGUAUAAAGGGCAUUUUAACAAUAUAUAUAAGAUAGAAAGAUUCAAUUAAGACAAAUGAAUGGGUCGUUUUGUGCAAUCGAUUUCAAUAAGUGUUUGUUUGUUAUUGUUUUGUAAUAAGGAAAUUUUAUGAAUUUGUAUAUAAGUACCUAAUAUACUUACCUACCUAUAGUUAUGUCUCAAGUUAAUUAGUUUAAAUUUAAGUAGGACAAUUAUCGUUUAUGUUGUGCCAUUGCAAGCUAUCAUCCAACACAGUGUAUGUAACUAGAAAAUGAGUAUGUAAUUUAGAUAUUAUCUUGAGAUUAUAACGAAACUAAAAUAAUUAAAACUGUUAAACAAAA